AUGAGCUUCCUCAUUGACUCCAGCAUCAUGGUCACCUCCCAGGUGCUGUUCUUUGGAUUUGGGUGGCUAUUCUUCAUGCGUAAGCUCUUCAAGGAUUAUGAGGUGCGACAGUAUGUGGUCCAGGUGAUCUUCUCUGUGACUUUUGCCUUCUCUUGUACCAUGUUUGAACUCAUCAUAUUUGAGAUUUUGGGAGUGCUAAACAGCAGCUCUCGCUAUUUUCAUUGGAAGCUGAACCUGUGUGUCAUUUUGCUCAUCCUAGUCUUCAUGGUACCCUUCUACAUUGGUUACUUUGUUGUGAGCAAUAUCAGAUUAUUGCACAGACAGAAACUGCUUUUUGCAUGUGUUCUGUGGCUGACAUUCAUGUAUUUCUUCUGGAAACUGGGGGAUCCAUUUCCUAUCCUCAGCCCAAAACAUGGUAUCCUGUCCAUAGAACAGCUUAUCAGCCGUGUAGGUGUGAUUGGUGUGACACUCAUGGCUUUGCUGUCAGGAUUUGGGGCUGUCAACUGUCCAUACACUUACAUGUCCUACUUUCUCAGGAAUGUCACAGAUGCGGAUAUCCUGGCUUUGGAGCGAAGGCUCCUUCAGACUAUGGACAUGAUUAUUAGCAAGAAAAAAAGGAUAGCAGUGGCCCAUAGGACAAUGUUCCAGAGAGGAGAAGUGCAUAACAAACCCACUGGCUUCUGGGGAAUGAUAAAAAGUGUUACAACAUCUGUUUCAGGAAGUGAAAAUCUGUCCCUUAUCCAGCAAGAGGUGGAUGCCCUAGAAGAGCUGAGUCGGCAGCUUUUUCUGGAAACUGCUGACUUGCACGCAACAAAGGAGAGAAUAGAGUACUCCAAAACUUUCCAGGGAAAAUACUUUAAUUUUUUGGGUUAUUUUUUCUCCAUUUAUUGUGUCUGGAAAAUCUUCAUGGCAACCAUCAAUAUUGUAUUUGACCGUGUGGGGAAGACUGAUCCAGUCACAAGAGGAAUUGAGAUCACCGUAAAUUAUCUGGGAAUCCAGUUUGAUGUGAAAUUCUGGUCUCAGCACAUUUCCUUUAUUCUUGUUGGAAUAAUCAUUGUUACCUCUAUCAGAGGAUUGUUAAUCACACUUACAAAGUUUUUCUAUGCCAUUUCCAGCAGCAAAUCCUCCAAUGUUAUUGUUCUGCUUUUAGCACAGAUAAUGGGUAUGUACUUCGUGUCGUCGGUGCUCCUGAUCCGCAUGAGUAUGCCUCCGGAGUAUCGCAUUAUUAUCACAGAAGUGCUGGGAGAGCUCCAGUUCAACUUUUAUCAUCGUUGGUUUGAUGUGAUAUUCCUAGUCAGUGCACUGUCCAGUAUCCUCUUUCUCUAUUUAGCACACAAACAAGCCCCAGAAAAACAUAUGGCCCUCUGA